GGCACCGAGGCUCGGCCGGUUAAGGUAGCUCAAGUUAGCCGCUCGUCCAUGUUGCAUUUUAGCGUACGGUAGAAUAUCCGCGGUACUUUUAGUCUGACAUGAUAUUAUAGUGAAAUUCCUCUUCGACGCAUCCCGCUCGAAGUUUAUGGACGGUCCGAAGUUAACGUGUCUUUGAACGGAACUACAGGUAAAGUAAAACGAAAAUGCCUUUACACGGGAAGAUAGUCGUGAUCAAGAGGAGUGGAGGCGAUGGCACCGAGUUUCCUCUCACUGCCACAUGCAUGUUCGGAAGGAAACCUGACUGUGACAUUCGUAUUCAGCUUCCUCAAGUCUCCAAGGAGCACUGCAGAAUUGACCUGAAUGAAAAUAAAGAGGUUGUUUUGACAAAUUUGAGCUCAGUGAAUCCGACCCGAAUCAACGGGGAGGCUCUGCAGCAGUCUGAGCGUUUGAAGCAUGGAGAUGUGAUAACAGUUAUUGACCGUUCUUUCAGGUUUGAGUAUCCUCCAGCACCAACACCAAAGAAGAGAGCUUCCGCAGGAGGCAAAAGUGAAACCCUCAAAGUUCUUCAGGAUCAGCAAGUGGUGGACACUCUCACUGUUGAAACAGGAGAUAAGAAGCUCUCUGAAGUGUUCACAGAUGGAACUAAUCAUGACAACAUCCGACGAACCCUGGACAACACAGUGGAGGUGGAGUCCAAGGAGGAUGCCACCCAGCUGCAAAACAAGACCAACUCCCCAUUCAAUGAUCUGUAUCAAAUGAUCAAAAAGUCUCUGGAUGUCAAGACCCCUCGCAAGUCUUCUGCCAGUUUGCUUCAAACUCCUGCCUCGAAGUUUUGCACCCCAAAACCUGCAUCUGUCAGGAAAAGUGAGGUGACACCUGUCAUUUUCAAACAAGACCAAGGCACUCCUAAGAUGAAGAAUGAGGCUAAAGUAACUCCUGAAGCUGACAAAAUCCAGGGGAAAGAUGAGAGUUGUAAUCCUGAGACUCCAAAGUCUGUGAAGAAGCAGAGGAAGUCAUCCCCAACAUCUUCUGAGAAUCCCGGACCUGCAGCUGAAGAAACUGAUGAUGUGAUCAAGUCUGAAAAGACUUCACCUCAGAGGAGAACCCGUGUAACCCCCCAGAAGUUAUCUGCAGCUGAGGUUAUGAAGCAGGUUUGUGUUGAAACUCCAAAGUCACCUGUGAGAAGAAGCAGCAGGGAGACCACUCCAGUUAAAUCAGCAGUGACUGCUGUCGAACCAGAGCCCGUUCAGAGGAAAUCACCAAGGAACUCGGGGAAAGCUGAACAAGUAAAUGAGACGACCAAAAAGCGCAAAGGUGGAAAACUUGCGGCUGACUUGCCCACAUCACAGAUGAAGAGGAAGCGUGUUUCCUUUGGAGGUGCCCUGAGCCCAGAGUUGUUUGAUAAGCGACUUCCUCCCAACUCGCCAUUAUGCAAGGGAGCCUUUCCACGGAGAAGCUUGUGUCUGAAUAAGCCCAACGAGUCACUCCUGAGACGAGCAUCAGUCAUAGGACUCUUGAAGCCGAAGGCCUCUUCACCUGGAAAGAAGUCACCAAACUCAAGGUCCUCUUCUCCCAAGGCAGCAUCUCCUGGAAAGAAAUCUCCAAAGUCAGCAACUCCUGCAAAGAAAUCCCCCAAAACCCCAUCUCCUGUAAGAGGAAGUUCUCCCACAGUGCAAGGGCGCUUCUCUGUGUCCCGCAUCAGCACGCCAUCUCCAGUGACUGAAGACUUUGUCACAUGUACCCCCAAAAUACCUCUGAAUAGGAAGAGCAUGAAGAGCACCUCAAGAAAGACCCCAAUUAUCGGCAAGAGCACUGUAAAAGGGAUCCGCAGGAGUGGCAUCUCACGGGCCUCUAUGAAAGUGAAAAAUUCCUGGGUGGACAUUGUGAAAUUUGGUCAACCUAAGGCUCAAGUGAUUGCUCCAGUUAUAAAGAUGGUCACCAAAAAGACCACAAAGAAGAUUGUGUCCAAACCACAGACACCUGCAAGAAACAUCAAAGGCCACGUCAGCACCGGACACGCAGAUUCACCUGCUACCAUCAUUGUGGGCAGAGCGCACACACAGAGCGCCUUACAACCAUCUGGGGCUGCUCCAAGAGUGGUCACCAAUAUUGCACUCUUAAAAAAGAACAUGAAAAUGGACGAGGACUUGACUGGAAUUUCUCAGAUGUAUAAAACCCCGGUAAAUGAAAAGAAGAAGAGAUCUGGCAUUAAUAAAAGUGUCGACGAGACACCAGUGGGAGUUCUGGGAACAUCUGUGGUCGAACCAUCAAUUCUGAACACACCAGAGGGGCCAGGGGAAAUGGUGGUUUCUCCACUGAAUCUGGCAUCUACAGUGAAGGACAGAAGUUACAACAGUGACGCAGUUCAACGCCUCCUGAAUGAAGAUAAAGACUCCAGCUUUGUCAGUGUGAUCCCUGCAUUAGAGAUUCCCUCUGAUGAAUCUAGUGAGCAGCAGAGCACCAAGGUGGAGACGAGCCCUGUAAAAACUCCCAAACGGAAACCAGAACAACCCGAGUGUCUGUCUGGAAAGCUUGACGCUCUCGAGGCUGAUGAUGUGAGUCUCUGUGGUGUUGAGGAACCUCAGGAGACACCAGCACAUGUGCAAGAAUCCGAGGACCUGUCUGAAAUGGCUGACGUGAAAACUCUGAAUGCAAAGAGCUCUCCAGUGCUGUGUCUAGAAAAAGAACUAGACUUUGCCAAUGAGGAUCUACAAGAAGACAAACCAUUAGAUGUGAUCGAUGUGGUUCCCCAGGUUGACGCAGUAAAAGAAGCUGUCUCAGAUGAGGUUGUCAACGACAAGAAAGAGGAGCCAAGUGACAAGGAGUCAUCAGAUGUCAUGGAAACCGUCUCUCAGGCAGCUGAAGAUGAGAGUUUACCUGAGGAACAACCCGAAGUGAACACAGUUAAGAAUCUGUCCGAGGAACAGCCCGAAGUGGAGGCAGUUGUCGAGGAACAGCCCGAAGUGGAGGCAGUUGUCGAGGAACAGCCCGAAGUGGAGGCAGUUGUCGAGGAACAGCCCGAAGUGGAGGCAGUUGUCGAGGAACAGCCCAAAGUGGAGGCAGUUGUCGAGGAACAGCCCGAAGUGGAGGCAGUUGUCGAGGAACAGCCCGAAGUGGAGGCAGUUGUCGAGGAACAGCCCGAAGUGGAGGCAGUUGUCGAGGAACAGCCCGAAGUGGAGGCAGUUGUCGAGGAACAGCCCGAAGUGGAGGCAGUUGUCGAGGAACAGCCCGAAGUGGAGGCAGUUGUCGAGGAACAGCCCGAAGUGGAUGCUGCUGUGGCUCCUGUUCAAGAGAAGAAACCUGUUCGAGGGCGAAGAGCAAAAACUGUGGAGCCUGAGGCAGUUGAGGAUAAACAAGAUGCAGCACAACAUUCUGAGGAGCCUGUCACCCCCGCUCCAGUCAGAGGGAGAAGGGGGAAGAAGACUGAAACCCCAGCUCCAUCUACUGUUCAAAAGAAGACAAGAAGCCGAAAUGCAAAAACCACUGAAAGCAAUGAUGCUGAUCUCAAAGUGGAAGAAAGCACCUCUCAGCCUCCAAAAAUUGAAGCAAAGCCUAAAAGAGGAAGAAACGCUAAAAAGGCUUCCGAUGAUCAAGCUGAAAUGGUUGCUACUGAAACCGAAAAUGCACCAGAGGCUGAAUGCGAACAGAUCCCUGCAGUUGAAGUCGACGAUGAGAGUGCAGCCCCUCAAGAGAAAACUGCUCCGAAGCUGAAGCGAGCGAGAAAACCAAAACAAGAAACUGAACCCUCUCAGCCAGAGCAGCAGGGUGUAGCAAAGGAGCAUUCAGAGGAUCCUGUGGUCCCUGCUCCAGUCAAAGGAAGAAGAGGGAAGAAAACCGAAGCCACUGCAGCACCUGCUGUGCGACAAACGACAAGAACCAGAAAUUUCAGGUCUCAAGGAAACGCCUCUGAUGAUAAACCUGAAGCUGCCCCAGAGCCAUCAGCGGAAAUGCAACCUGAGAUCCCCUCUGAAGCUGAGAGUGAGCAGACUGCUCCCCCUGCAGAGGAAGCUGUAGUAAAGCCGGUUCGAGGGAGAAAAACAAAACCAACACCUGUUGCGCCUCCUCAACCAGAGCCGGAGAACGCUCAAGUGAGUGAUGAGCCUCAACAGCAUAUUCCCACUGUUGCAAUAACCAGAAGAGGCAGAAAGAUCAAAUCUGACACCACUGAACAAACUGGGGCUGCAGAAGACACAUUGGUUACUGUGGAGACCAAGCAGGAGUCUCAGCCCCCAGUCAGGGUAAAGAGGGGAAGAAACGCCAAACAGGAGGAGGAAAAGCAAGAGACCUCUGAUGUCCAAGAGCCAGUUAAAAAAACAACAAGAACCAGGAAAACUAAAGAAGAACGUGUAAAACCAGUGGAAGAAGAAAUCAAAACUGAUGAAACUGUCGUCCCCGAGGAGGCUGGAUCUUUGCUUGUUGCAGAACCACUGGAGAUGAAUGAGCAGGUUCCUGUCACUGAAAAAAAAAACAGGAGAGGAGGGAAAAAAGCCAAACAAGCCGCUGAAAGUGAAACCCCUGUGGAGUCCACUGAGGUUGAAGAAGUGCCUGCUGUCAAACCCAAACGAGGCAAGAGAGUAAAAGAAGCUACUGAAGUUGUUGCUGAAGUACCAGAGGCUGAGGAGAAAACUGCUGAGCCAGACGCUCCAGUCGUUAAACCCACAAGGGCAAGAGGUGUGAAAACUGUGAAAAAUCAAGUCUCAGAAGUCAUUCCAGCCAAAAGAGCACGUCGGGUUGCUGCAACUCUCCCCGAGGACACAGAAUCCACAGCCCUGGAUUUGUCUGUUCCAGCUGCAGAGCCGGCUAAGAGGGGAAAACGUGCUGCAGCUAAGCCCACAUCAGAUGAAUUGACGGUGAGCAGCGAUCAGGUGAAUACAUCAGAAGAAUUAACCAGCGCGGUUACAGAAGAUGUCAAAGGGUCCAAAAGAUCCGUGAAGUUGAAAGCAGAUCGUGAGGUCCUCCAGAUUCCAAAAGCAACACCCGUCAAAGCUGUGCGUGGAAAGAAGUCCAAACUUGUUGACGCUGAGAGCAAAAGCACGUCUAACGAUGCCGACAAAACUGAAGAGAAGGAUCUCUCAGAGGAAGUUGUUGAAGCUCAGCCCGUCAAGAGAGCCAGACGAGUGAAGGUCACUGAAGAAACAGCGGAUCCCAAGAAAGAUGCUGAAGCUGAGACACAACCCAAAACCCGCAGAGCAAGAACAAACAAAUAAAGGCAUUUGUGUUUAUAUUUAGUCAAAUUACAUUUUUCUCUUUAUACGUUUUGUAUUUGUGAUGUUUUAGAUUGUUUUUAGUAUUUUUAGAGAGUAGUUUUAUUAGGAAAUUGAGCACUAGAUUUUUUGUUUUUUUUAUUAUUGAAAUCUGCAGGGAAUCUUGUCUUAACCAUUUUUAUAAGUUGUACGUUAUUCAUUAUCAAUCUUGAAACAAUUUUAACAGUGGGGAAAAUAUGAUCAUUAAAUUUUUUGUACAAUUCAAAAGCUGGUGUGGAUUUCUCAAAUUUUGGAAUAUUCUUUUAUCUGAAUAUGUUAUCUGUUACUUAAUGUUUAAAAAGAUUCAUGUUUUAAAAAUAAAUCCUUAAGCCUA